GGGGCGUGUUCUGGGGGCGGGAGCGGUCCUCGGCUCGACCCAGUUUGAAAGUGAACGGACGGUCCAGUCUCCGCUCCAGCCACUAGACGUCAACAAUAAGUCGACUUGUCAACAAGAAAGAAAGAAAAAAGACGGAAAGAAGGGGCAAAAAAAAAAAAGGAAAACACCCCCGAACAAAAGCCCCGGUCCUGAGUGUUCCUUCAGCCUGUCGCCGGCCCUCCGAACGAGCCGCCAUCAUGAUGCGAAAGGACGUGAACAAGCCCAAGGGGAAGACGUCGGCGUACGCCUUCUUCGUGCAGACGUGUCGAGAGGAGCACCGCAAGAAGAACCCAGAGCAGUCAGUCAACUUCGCCGAGUUUUCCAAGAAGUGCUCAGAGCGAUGGAAGGGUUUGUCUCCCGGUGACAAGAAGUGCUUCGAGGACAUGGCCAAGGCCGACAAAGUGCGCUACAAUAGGGAGAUGCGAGACUACGUCCCACCCAAAGGCUUUGGAAAGAGGGGCCGCAAGAGGAAAGACCCCAACGCACCAAAACGGCCCCCGUCCGCGUUCUUCGUGUUCUGCAGCGAGUACCGUCCAAGCGUGAAGCAGCAGUACCCCGGCCUCUCCAUAGGCGACUGCGCUAAAAAGCUGGGCGAGAUGUGGAGCAAGUUGUCACAGUCCGACAAGCUUCCGUACGAGGAGAAGGCGCAGAAACUCCGGGAGAAAUAUGACCGGGAUAUGGUGGCAUAUCGAGGCGGCGCCUCAUACGCGAGGAACCCCGGGUCGUCCGCUCAGGGCGGCGAGGAAGAGGAAGACGAGGAGGGCGAGGAAGAUGAUGAAGAGGAUGAUGAUGAUGAGUAGGGACCCGCUUUUGGAUGUGUGCGCGUGCGCGUGUGAAUGAGCGUGAAAGAGAGGAGGGGUUUCGUCAAAUUUCAAACAUUUUGCGUUUUGUUAGACACCGCGUCUCCAAGCUGCUGAUUGGCUUACGAAGUGGCAGGGGUGGAGUUUCGCGAGAAGCUCGGUUACAGCCAAUCAGAGGCACUCGUGUUGCCGCGGUGACAGCCCCCCCCCCACACACACACACACACCCGCACCCCUAUCGGGCUGAUGCCUUUUUAAAAAAAUUCAUUACUUGAGUUCUCAAAGCACCUUGCUUCCUGUGUGGUGGGUCCCAGAUGUGACAUUAAUGACUGCGUGUGCGUGUGCGCGAUGAGGUCCAAAGUGGACGAUAAUAGAACCCCCCCCCCCCAACCCUCACUGUUGCCAUGGUUACCCUUACACCAGCCCCCUCCCCUCAGCCAUGCUUACUUGUAUGUUGCCAUGGAGACCCUGGACUCUUCAUUGUCAUUUUAUUUUUUUGUUAUUUUUAUUUUUUUCUUUUGUUCACAGUCAACGUAGAAACAACUUUUAUAAUAAAACGAGAGGGAAAACGCA